CAGCAUCCAGUUUGACAGAUCAACAAAUACCGCCACCAAAACAUCAACAAUACCUCGCUCGGCGUGCUGCGUGCGUUUGGUGGCCGGAAUGUGACCGCAGCAAACGGUGAAAUGGCUAGCUUUUGAUAUUUAAUUGGUGUUUCGUUGUAAAACAGAGCUGUUAUAGAUGUAUAUUGUUAGUUUGUUAAAGUCGCCCAUUUUUGUUUACGUGCGUACGUGUUGCCCGUACGAUGGCGAAACGGUCCGGGCACUUCCAGCUGAAGCAACCGCUCGCCUCGAAGAAACCGAAGCUCGACAUCGAAAUCGUCCCGAGCCAGCAGUACAACCCACAGCCGAGUACUUCCAAGGCGGGCAGCUCCUCAGGUGCGGGCAAAAGUGCCGCCACAGCCGCCACCACCACCACAGCGGAAAACCUGUGGGACGACGACGACGACGACAUUAUCGUGCUCGCGACCCAGGCCAUCGAGGCGGACCUUACGUUCGGCAAGUUUAGCCGCAGCGUCAAGACGAGCACGCAGCAAACGACGGAGGUGAUCGCGGCCGGGGGGCAGCACACCGGGGCAGGGAAGCUUCCGGGCAAGGUACCGGACAAGCUGGUGGCGGAACUGUUUGCCGACGGGGAGGAUGAUUUGUUUUCGGAAAAGCUCGAUGACAACUAUCGCAACAUCGACAACGCAAUCAACGACUACUUCAACAACAACGACGAUGACUUCAAUCUGGACGAGUUCCGGCAGGAAGAGCAAGCACCGUCGGUUGGUGGGAGGCGUGAACCCGCACCGAAAGCAUCGCGGGAGGAAGCACCUUCGGUUGGUGGGAAGCGUUUAGGUGAACCGCAGGCACCGAAAGCUUCCUGGGAGGAACCACCGUCGGUCGGUGGGAAGCGUGAACCCGCACCGAAAGCCUCAUGGGAAGAAGAGUUUAAGGUACCACCGGCGCCACUGCCACCGGUGGGAGCGAAAGGGAGUGAGCCGAGCAAGGCUUACCACAAGGAUGAACCGACCUCUACCUCGCGGUUGGGCAUUUUUAGGCCAAAAACCUCCACCGCAACAUCGUUUAAAGCUACCCCAUCACACACCCCCAAACCGGAAGCGGAAGAGAAGCCGGAACUAGCCUCAAGCCAAAAGCAGGAACAUGCCAAGGACAUUCAGGUGAAGUUUCUCACCAAGCACGUGGAGCAGCUGGCAAAGAAGGUGAACAGCUUGCAGAAGGACUACACCGAAGCGGUGGAAAAGGCCCAGGUCAAGGACGGCGAAGUGUCGAUGCUGCGGUACGAGCUGAAAAUGGUGAAAACCGCCAACGAGCAGCUGCGGCUGGAGAAGAUGCGCGAAAAGGAAACGAUCCAGAAGGAGUGGCUCGAGAAGAUGAAGAAUCUGGAGAAAACCAUCUCAGCGCAGAAGGUGGAGAAUGAGUUCAAAGAGAUGGAAAUUAUGAAUCUAAAAACGAAGCGAUUAAACGCCACUUUUCGAUCGGCGGAACCAGCGGAACCGCAGCCACCAGAGCCACCGCCGGCUCGAGCUGCAGCGGAACCCGCACCCUCAACCUCAGCUCAACCGAAAGCGACCGAAGCCACGGAGGAUGAGUUCGAUCUCGCGUCGCUGCUACCGAAACUGUUCCUUGGCGAACCGGCCGAACUGUGCGAGCCGCUGGACGUUGAUCCGCAAGCGUUCGUGAAUGCAACCGACAGCUCGGUACGGAGUCGCCAGCUCCGCAAGUACUCGCGGGUGACGCGCAACGAGUUCACGAUCGCCGAUCAGCUCGUUUCGCUGCAGACCCUUCUGUCCCAGAUGCUAAUCGGCGCAAAGGCUUCCGGUGGUGAAGCGACGGAGCGGAUCGUCCUGUCCCCCGGCAUGUACCCGCUGGUAGCGAUCGCCACGGAAAAGGGACUGGAAGAGAUCGAUCUGUACUGUCAGCGGUUGGGACAGCACAAGGAGACGGAUUUUCGCCUCAAUGGGCCGAAAAGUACGAUGGAGCAAUCGGCCCCGGUGAACGUGUUCCAGCAGGAGCAGCUAUACAAUGGCGAGCAGGCCGUCGUGAUACGGCGCUUCCUGGCGGUGGUCGGACUGUACUGUCGAAUCUCGGACGAGCUGGUAGUGAAGCGAUUGCUGGAGAAGGAGCUCGUGCUGCGACUCGCGAAGAAUAUGAAACGGAUCAGUACCGCUAUCAUCCUGACGUCACUGCACGGACUGGUAACGGGUGCGGCUGCACUGCUCAACGGAAUAAGCUUCCGCCCGCGAAGGUUCCUCCUGUACGGUGCGAGCGGUUCCCAGCUGAUGGAACUAUUCCGUUCGAUCGUGCUGUGCCAACCCGAUGCACCAUCCUCGAUGCUGCAGCUGUCCGACUUUCUACGCCGCCUGUCCCACAUCACGGAUGGCAGUGUGAACCAUCUGCUCAAUCGUCUCUGCAUCAGCCAUCAUCCGGUCGAAACGGGUCAGCAGCAGCAGCAGCAAGGGGAACAGCAACCCACAACAUCCCGCCGACAGUAUCGGUUAAAAACGAUCAGCUUCUCACUGGGGACCUGCACGCUGCAGAUGUACGCGGCACUGUUGGAGAAUUCCGUCCGGCCACACGACCGGUACGAGGCGUGGCAGAUGAAACCGUUGCUGACGAACACGGAAAAUACGAUCCACUUCCUGCGGAACGUGCUGCUGCAUCCGGUUGGGUGGGUGAAAUCGUUCUACGACCGAGAAGAUCCGAACGAGUGUGAGCUUUGCCACAUCCGGAUGGUGUCGGCGUUCGUUACACUGCUGUUCCGGGUGUUGCUGUGCUGGAACCAGCAAUCGGUUAAGGACGAAGAAGAUGUAUCGCACAUUCAUUGUAUCGCCCGGCACGGUGUACUGUUGCUGUACGAUCUGUUCCAGACGGCGUACCACAAGAAGCUGUUACGAAUCGCAGGGCCCACCGUUCGGUACCGUCUACGGGUAACGUACAACUGGCUGCAGCUGUACCAGAAGGAGUUCAAUUUCGAUGACGUUCACAUAAGAACCCUCGGCAUGUUGGACAUGCGGCUCCUAAUGCCUGAUCCGCUGCGCGCCUACCUGGAAGCGGAAAGCGACGAUACGGAAGCUGAAAAGAAAGAGGCCGACAGUGAGGAUGCGCGUAGAGCGGAAAGUAACGCAAUCAUGGAAGAGCUGUUUGCCGGCUUCUUCAAUACUUACGCUAACAAUAGUGCCACACUUUUAUAAUAUAUUUAAUUGUAUGCUUCGCAGCCUGUCCGCCUGCGGGACAACACACA